GACCCCCCCCCAGGGGUGGGGGAGGGGCCGGGGAUUCCCCGGGGGUUCCCCCGGGGCUUGGGGGAGGGGCCUGAAGAAGCGGAAGGGGCGUGGCUUAUCUUUAUUUGGCAAUCGGGGCGUGGUUAACCUCAUUUUUUACCCAAAGAAGCGUGUUUUUUCCUUAUAUGGCAAUCGGGGCGUGGUUUAGCCUCGUUUUCACCCAGAGAAGAGCUUUUUUUUUUCCUUAUUUGGCAACAGGGGCAUGGUUUUGCAAAAAAACAAACAAAACCACCUCUGGUUUCUCCUUAUAUGGUAAUUAGGGCGUGGUUUAGCCUCAUUUCCGAAGAGCGGGGCGUGGCUUCCCCUCACAAGGCCGUCAUGGGCGUGGUUAAGCCUCGUUUGCGUGUGGUUUUUCCUAAGAAGGAAAUGGGGGCGUGGUUUAGCCUCAUUCCCACCGUAGGGGGCGUGGUUUAGCCGCAUUUCUGGCGCCAAGGGGCGUGGCUUCGCCUCACGGCUUCUUUCGGGGCGUGGUUCCGCCUCGUUCCCUCCUCAGUGGGCGUGGCUGCGCCUCCGUCCCGCCGAAAGGGGUGUGGCUCCGCCUCGUUCCCGCCGCGGGGGGCGUGGCCCCGCUCUGAGGGGAGCCUUUCCCCUUCGGCCGCCGCCGCUCCGGAAGCGGAACCGCGGCCCCGGCCCGGCCCGGCCCCGUUCGCUGCCCCGCGGCCUCCGCCCGGCCCGGCCCCGUUCGCUGUCCCGGGGCCCCUCCCGGCCCCGUCUCGGCCCCGCGGCCUCGGUCCGGCCCGGCCCCGCUCGCAGCCCCGCGGGCCCCGCCGCUCUGCCACGAUGCCGGCGCUGCUGGAGCGGCCGAAGCUGAGCUCGGCCAUGGCGCGGGCGCUGCACCGCCACGUCAUGGUGGAGCGGGAGCGCAAGCGGCAGGAGGAGGAGGAGGUGGACAAGAUGAUGGAGCAGAAGGUGCGGGAGGAGCAGGAGCGGCGCCGGCGCAAGGAGCUCGAGGAGAGGAUGUCCCUGGAGGAGACGCGCGAGCAGCUGCUGAAGCUGCAGGAGAAGCUGGGCGCGCUGCAGGAGGAGAAGCACCAGCUCUUCCUGCAGCUCAAGAAGGUUCUGCACGAGGAGGAGAAACGGCGCCGCAAGGAGCAGAGGUGGGAACGGGGCAAAAAACGGGGAUUUUGGGCAAAAAGGGGGAUUUGGGCGCGGGCCACGCCCCUUCGAGGAGCCACGCCCCCUCUCGCGCCCCAUUGGUGGAUCCGCGGCAGCGCCGCCUCUGAUUGGUCGAGAGCCUCGUGGCGCGCACGCGGGCCGGGAGGGGGCGCCACGUGA